AUGUUUCAGGCUGGGUGUUUGUUUAUAUCGCUCUUAGUGGGAAGCAUAGGUUUGCCCUUAAGUGGUGGAUACACAUCCGGUUACUUCGGCGAUAUAAAAGCUCGGGUCAUCAAUGGUUACGAUGCAAGUCCCGUGCCUCACAUGGUAGCUCUGACUGUCGGUGAACAAAGUAAAAGCCUCGUAUGUGGUGCCUCCCUUAUUACUAAACGCCAUGUACUCACAGCCGCUCACUGCAUUGACGCUUUUAUAGAUAAAGGAAAAUUGAGCAGGUCUCUUACAGGAAUUGUUGGGACAAAUGAUUGGAACAAGGGCGGAACUCAUUACACCUUUUCUGGCAACAUUACUCAUCCUGAAUGGGAUUCAAAAAUGGUCAAUAAUGAUAUUGGUAUACUUAUCACGUCACAACCGGUGACACUUAAUAAAUAUGUACAGAUCAUUACCCUUAAUUUUCAAUUUAUUGCUGGUAACGUCGCUGCUAUUAUCAACGGUUGGGGACAAUUUGAAAAGGAAAGCAAACGACCGUCACAUGGAUUGAAAGAACUUAAACUAUAUACUCUUGAUGGCAGCGCGUGUACGUCACGUCUACGUCGAAGAAAAACAAAUUUUAUUUUAAAUUCGACAUUGCAAAUUUCUACUAUUACUCAGAAGAACUAUGGCGCUGGUCCCGGUGAUUCGGGUAGCCCGUUAAUCCUACGAGAUAAUAGACAGCAAAUUGGCGUCGUGUCCUGGGGUGUUAACCCCAGUGCAUCCGGAUAUCCUGAUGUAUACGGUAGAAUCAGUGCAUACAAAUCUUGGAUUAAACAGAGCGUACGAUUAAGAAUAUGA